UCAUAACACGUAUAUAUAUAGACAUAAUAUAACAUUUGAAAUGUCUCUAUUCCUUUGGAGCUUUUGUUGAGUGUAAUGUUGACUGUUCAUUUUUUAUUGUUUAUUUAACUUAAUUUGGCAAUGUAAACAUAUGUUUCCCAUGCCAAUAAAGCCCCUUGAAUUGGAGAGAGAGAUUUGAGAGCUGAUUAGAGGGAAGGUCAUUAGGCCUACUCUGGCUCUGUGCCACAUUCCAGAACUUGACUGUUGUGUUCUAAGGAAGAAGUAUCCUACACUCUUAGGAAAAAAAAGGGUUGCAAAAGGGUUCUUCAGCUGUCCCCAUAGGAGACCUUUUUGGUUCCAGGUAGAAUCCUUUUGGGCUAUAUGUAGAACCCUCUGUAGAAAGGGUUCUACAUGGAACCCAAAAUGUUCUUCAAAUGGUUAUCCUAUAGUGUCACGCGGAGUGGAACAGGUGAACCCAAGAGCAGACUCAGACGAGGAGACUGGGAUGAGGUAACCAAGCUGAGUGUGGAGCAGCGCAGCGAGAUGUCCCAGUACAGACAGAGGGCUGCCCAGCUGGAGGUGGACAGACAGGCACUACGCAGCAGCAGCCUGCUGGCCAGGGUUCAGGACAUCCUGGACAGUGCUCAGGUGGACAAAGUACCAGAGAUGGAGGGUAAAAUGGAUCUACCAACUCCGCCAUAUUGCCUUUCCCCAAAACCUGAGACAGUGAAUGGCUACACCCUGGUGACAGACUCCCCUGGGCUACCCAGGGGCGGUGGUGUUGUUGGGCUACACAUUACGGAUCGGCCCACCACCCCUCCACCUGAGUCCCCCAUAGUCCUGAAUGGGUACAGGGCAGAGGAGAGAGAGAAGCAGGUAGAGGAGGAGAGGUGGGAGGUAGAGGAGGAGAUGAGGAGGGGAGAGGAGGAGAUAGGGGGCGGUCAGGAUGUGAGUUUCCAGAGCCUUCUGAGGAGGUCGAGGGAGUAUGUGGAGAGAGAGCAGGCCCAGAGGGGGUCAAAGGUCAUCGGCAGGGUCACUUCCACCACCCCGUCUGCGGAGAGCCUCUCUGACAAGGAGAACGAGAGCCGCAGUCCUCUGGGAGAGAUGAAACCUGAACAGGGGUACAGCCUGCGCCACAGUCCGCUAAACCCACCUCAGACCCAGGCCCACAUCCAGCACCAGAGUCAGUAUCCUGCCCAAGCGCAAGCCCAGUACCAGGCUGUGUGUGACCCAUAUGACUCUCGGGUUAGCUGCCUCUCAUCUGGCCUCCCCGACCCUUACGCCCUCCUGCCCAGCCCUGAACCCAGCAUGAGUCCCCGCCCCCACCACCGCCGACCACGUCCAGUGUCCACUGGUAACAUCCUGAUCUCCUUCCCCAUUGGCACGGCCGACCUCAUCCCCAGAGGGCUAGUGGGGAGGCACCAGGAGAGCACUGUUGUCAUGGCGACAGGGGUGAUGAGGUCACCGGAACGGGGGUCAGGCGUCAGUGACGGUAGUAGUUGUCGUGGCAGCCAGUGUGGCACCAGCCCGGUCCAGGAGAAGAGCUGCAGCCCAGUCAGUACCUCCGGAACUGGUUCACAUGGGCAUCAUGACAUCAUCAGCUCUGGGUUUCGCCGGCGCUGCCACACCCUAGACAGCCAGCUCCACUCCUCCCAUUCUGCCUCAGGACCUGGCAUGGGCCACAGCCAGGAGAGGCUCCCGCGCUUCAUGGGGGGAGUGCCUCGUUUGGCCCCGAGCCGUAGGAGCCCCGCGGUCCCCCUGAAUCAGUCCUAUGAGGUGGAAAACCCCUCGGCAACGCUGCUAAGGCCCCACGUGAGACCCUUGACCCCUGACCUCUCUCCUUGCCAGAUGAGGCUGGAUCCUGAGGGGCCUCAGUGGCCCCAUGAUGGACGGAUCACACCCAGCUCUUCCCUAGAGGAGCAGGACAGUAAGACAGAGGAGACCCAGCGACAUGUGAGUGCUCUGGAGGAGAUGCAGAGGCGUCUGGAGGAGGAGCAUGCCCUGCAGAUGUCUCUUCUCAUGGCUGAACAGAAGAGAGAACAACAGCGCCUUUGUCAGGAGCUGGAUGAGAAGGGGAAGAGGCUGAGAGAGCAGGGGUGUGGCCGGCUCCUGAGUGGGGACGGUGGACUCAGCCCUUCCUGCCCUAGCCUUAGCCCCACCCUGAGUGCUACUGAUAGGUCACCUAGACACAGUGUACACAGCAUGGGUUUCUCCUCUCCACUGAGCUCCAGUGCUCCCUCUCCCUCCAUGCAGCCUCCUGUCUACCUGUGGGGGCCCACCUGGGGGGCCAGCAAGCCCCGGGGAAGGCCCAGUCAGGUUGUGACAGUUGAACAGCAGAGGGCGCUGUGUCGUCUGGGAGCCAUCAGUUGUGGGUUCCUCACCCGCAGACUGCUCCAGACAGAGAAGGUGAAACAGCUGCGCCAGACCAUUCAGGACACACAAGAGUUCAUCUGCUCGUUCCAGACUGAAGCUCCACAGAAGAGAGGAUCCAUCUCAGCACAGGACCUGUCUCUGCAGGAGAGAGUCAGGGCACAGUUGCGUGCGGCUCGAUAUGACAUCCAUGACAUCUUCUUUGAGAUGCCCCUGGAGGAGAGGCUGGCUCUGCUGCAGCUGGACAGAGAGGUCCGCACAGAGAAGAAGCUACGAGAAAUGGAGAAAGCCAGGAGUCCUAAUGACAGAGUGCUGUCUGCUGCCACACAGAGGUCACUGGACAGGAAGAAGAGGGUGGGUGAGUCUCCAGGACAAGCCAGGAAAGUACAGAAGAAGCCAAAGAGCCCUCCCACUAACAGGAUCCUGAAGCCAAGUCAGGGUCAGAAUGCCCCUGUCCCAGGUCAGCUAAACCGACAGGGUCUGUCUGUCAGGAGCUGGUACAGAAAUACCCCGGAGGACAGAGUGAGGCGCUCAGACAGCCUGAAGAAGCAUAACUCCCUGGGCUAACUGAUUCCUCCCUCAGUCCCUCUAUGACCCCUCACUCCCUGACCCUUGACCUCUGAGCCUUCUAUCGGCCCCAUGUUCCACUAUGGUUCGACCACCACCAAUGCUACUAGUCUCUCUAACCUCCCUCUGACCUCCCUCUAACCUCCCUCUGAAGGUUCAGUCCAGUGCUCUCUGCCCAUCGAACACCCUACCAAAUGUAUUGUUACUAUAGUUACAUAGAUUUUCUACUAUUACAAACUUAUAAACAGUUCAUGUAUCCCUUAGGUGUGAAUGCUGCUGUGCACUCUUGUGCCAAGAUAAUUCAUGCAUUAAUGCUGCUAGAUAGCUAUAUUUGCUGCUUAACUUGCAAAGACUUUGUAGCUAGAGGCCUUCAGUAGUGGAUAUGUAGUAGGGAGAAGGACUCAUAAAGAAGCAUUACAAAAGUAAAGGAAGUAGAUUCCAUUAGUUAGAGGUCUGGAUUGUCUUCUGACAGGUGGCGGCAUUCCUCCUCUCAUUUUUUAAUGUAAAAAAAAUGUCAUCUUUAUUUAACCAGGCAAGUUAGAACAAAUCCUUAUUUACAACGACGGCCUACCCCGGCCAAACCAGGACGAGGCUGGCCAAGUUAGAACAAAUCCUUAUUUACAAUGACGGCCUACCCUGGCCAAACCAGGACGAAGCUGGCCAAGUUAGAACAAAUCCUUAUUUACAACGACGGCCUACCCCGGCCAAACCAGGACGAAGCUGGCCAAGUUAGAACAAAUCCUUAUUUACAACGACGGCCUAACACGGCCAAACCCGGACGAGGCUGGGGCAAUUGUGCGCCGCCCUUUGGGACUCCCAAUCACGGCCGGUUGUAAUAACCUCAACAUAGUCGUCAACAUAGCCGUGGCGUUAUCUGACGUAAGACAAUGAGAGGUUUGUGAACUGUUAAACACACUGGCGGCCUUUCCAGACACAGAAACACCUCAGAAAUAGAGAUCAUUGUGUGAUUACCUAGCUUUAACCCUUGCUAUAGUAGCCAUCUCCCUCUGCUGGUAGUCACAGAUAGUUGCCAUGUAAAAAAAGGUAUUUUAAACAUGCAGUAUUUAUUUCUUAUAUAGUUUUUGUUAAAGCGCCCUGUCCCUAUAAUACAUGGUGCUGAACUCUCAGCUCUGUGUGUAGUCUGGAACAUUUCAAAUUGGUUUGUGUGUGAUGUGUGCAAUUUGAAAAUAUCAAUGUGUUCUGCUGCAAAACGUCACAGCCAAAUGAAAGAAAAUGUACAGUUGAAUGUACUAUUGUCUUAUUUUACACUGUACCAAGAGAAACAUGCUUUGGUUUCAGAUGGUUUGUUUAUCCGGCAUGUUUGAGCUGUAGCUGAGAGACAAACCUAUGUCUCUGGAGAGUAUUUAGAAUAUCCCAUACAGAAAUGUAGCUGCGUUUCACAAACAAACAUGACUGAGAUACCUGGAAUAUCUGAAAUCUGACAGUGUAUAUGAGAGGAUUUACAGAGAAAACAUUGACAAUGAAAACCAAUGUAACUCACCACUGUGCAGUAGCUAUAACAUCCUUUUCUCAAAGCAGUCUUCUUGUAGCCUGGCUGAUGCACAGGCCCACGUGGUACACAGUGAGAGGAGAGCUUGUGGUACGUACAAGAGUGUUUGCCAGGGAAGUCUUCUUUCCCCACCAAGGGGCUGAUGUACCCCACCUAGGGGCUGAUGUACCCCACCUAGGGGCUGAUGUAUCCCACCUAGGGGCUGAUGUAUCCCACCUAGGGGCUGAUGUACCCCACCUAGGGGCUGAUGUAUCACACCUAGUGGCUGAUGUACCCCACCUAGGGGCUGAUGUAUCCCACCUAGAGGCUUAUGUAUCCCACCUAGGGGCUGAUGUAUCCCACCUAGGAGUUGAUGUACCCCACCUAGGGGCUGAUGCACCCCACCUAGGGGCUGAUGUACCCCACCUAGGGGCUGAUGUACCCCGCCUAGGGGCUGAUGUAUCCCGCCUAGGGGCUGAUGUACCCCUCCUAGGAGCUGAUGUACCCCUCCUAGGGGCUGAUGUACCCCACCUAGGGGCUGAUGUAUCCCACCUAGGGGCUGAUGUAUCCCACCUAGGGGCUGAUGUAUCCCACCUAGGGGCUGAUGUAUCCCGCCUAGGGGCUGAUGUAUCCCACCUAGGGGCUGAUGUAUCCCACCUAGGGGCUGAUGUACCCCACCUAGGGGCUGAUGUAC